ACCACACCACAUUCAUUUUCUUUGAUAACAUUUAAUAAACAAACCACACAAACUAUUUAAUUAAAUUUAUUUACUCUUUUCAUUUCUUUCUCUCUCACCAAUUGUACCUGCCAAGUACGCUUACCUGUACCUCCCAGUCUUCUCGCAUCAUCACCUUUUCAUUUGCGUACACCCUCUUAUUAGAAUCCCAAUCCCACCCUUCACCCAUAUAAUAUAAUAUAACACUCUUCUCUUCAUCUUUAACCACUCCAACCACAACCACAAACCUCAACACUCAAUCCUCAACAACCAACAUCUGCCUCUGCUCCUCUCACUCUCACUCUCACUCACACUAUUUCUCUAUUUCUCAGAUGAAGCAGCUCAUCCGUCGCCUCUCGCGCGUCGCUGACUCCUCAAAUUACACGCUCCUCCGCUCGGACUCUUACUCCUCGUCUCGGGGCUGCCGCCGCCGCCACCGGUCCGAGUCGUUCCGCGCCUCCAAGAUCCGCCGCUCCUCUGCGGUGGUUCCGGAGGGGCACGUGCCGAUCUACGUCGGCGACGAGAUGGAGAGGUUUGUGGUGUGCGCUGAGCUCCUCAACCACCCUGUCUUCGUGAAACUACUCAACGAAUCCGCGCAGGAAUACGGCUACGAGCAGAAAGGCGUGCUCCGGUUGCCAUGCCGCGUCUUCGACUUCGAGCGCGUGCUCCACGCGCUCCGCCUUGGCCUCUACGCGCCUGACGUCUCCGAGCUCCUUAGCUUCUUGCCGGAAGAAUUAUCCUGAGAAGUAAAUGAAAAAAAAAAAAAAGAAUACGCUGCUCGUGAUUUGGCUGGAUCUUUUGCUGGUUUUGUUGCGCUGUAUAUACACAUUAGGAACUUGAGAAAAAAGAGGCACAGAAAUUUAGGGUUUGUAAUUGUUUUUCCUUGGGUUCGGUUUCUUCAGGUUGUUGUUGUUCUGUCACUGUAAAGGCGAAGAUAUUUUUAACGCCGUUGUUUGCGACCGGAGAAUGAGAAUCAUCACUUUUUUGUCAUUUCCGUUACUUUCUUUCUCGGUCACUUUCUCAGUAAACAGACCGAAAAAGAAAACCUGUGACUUUUUUUUUUAACCGUUCGGGGAUGUUAACCGCUCCGUUCUUUCUGCAGCGGUUUUAGUUUCUUUGUAAGUAAAUUUGAAAGUGAAAUUAAUUAAAUUUCAGUUUAAUUUAAUUGCAGUUUAA